AUGCCGAACGUGUUUGUCAUCCCCCCGGAGGAGGAGCAGGAAGAGAAUCCCCCCUGGUGCUAUUUUGAUGCGAGCGAGGCUGCACAGGGUGCUCAUGCUACGGAGCCGGACAUCGAGGCUCUGGACACGGCUCUGCACUUUCAUCAACAGGUAGACAACCGUGCGCCAGCCUUCCAUCGUUCGCUUCAGAACGAUUCACAGGACACAGUGGUUCUUCCCAGGAGAGGGUCUCUGACUUAUGUGAGGGAGGCCGCUAUGACAGGCGCAGAAGAGGAUGUGAAGCGCAAAACGUUCGACGAGGAGAUUGUCGAAGUGGUCAAAGUCCGGCGGAAUGAGGGCAGAGAGAACAUUUCGAAGCCACAGGCAGAUACGAUAAAGAAGUCCAAGACGUUCAAGGCUCGAGCUACACAGGCAUUCAAGUCUAUCAAGAACGUUGGCAAGGGCGUUCGCCCCCCUGUUUCCUCUGUCAGCGCGAGCACUUGUGUCUCCGGAGAAAACGCCCGGGUGUCGGAGGAUGCCAGGUUUCGAGAAACACUCCCUCGCCCAUCCUCGCCCAACCUUACUCGCCGCCGGUCUCUCGUUCUCUCGCAGCUUUUCACCUUCUCCAACAGUAGCCGUCCUAUGUCUGCAGAACCCGACUCCCCGACAUCACCGGUCGCAUCGUCCUCAAGCACGCUGCCUCUUCGACAUAGCAUGCAGACUUUGCCCAGCGCGACUUCACCUUUGAAAUCGCAGUCGCAGUCGCAUGCUCGACGCCUCCACCCAUCUCCUUCUCUGGAGGAUUGCGCAGAUCCACCGUCGCACAGCACAGGAGAUCACUCUCUUCCGAAAUCAAGCCUAUCCAAGCGGAAAUCCUUCCGUAAGCGUAUCUCUGUGCUGGAGCUCCAGAAACUUUUCUCCGUCUCAAACCCACCAGCCUCUGCCACGUCGGUCCAGGACUCGCGAUCAUCCAUUGCUGACACGUUCGCAACUGCAGAGUCAGACCCCCACACCCUCCCGUCGUCGAGAUCCUCAUCCUCGGCGUCGUCCAUUUCGUCGUAUGCAUACGUCUCCGAAGACUUGUCGCCGCCGUUUGAGCUCGACGCUUGCAUAUCCGACCCGGACUUAGAAGAGAUGAGACUUGACUCAUUACAUUUCGAUUCAUUGCAUUUUGACCCCGAGGAUUUCUGA